AUGGCAAACAGCCCGCGUGUGAGCCAUGCAGAAAAGCAAAAAUUUCUUGUGAUCAUAGUCUUCCCGUAUGUGAUCGAUGCCUACGGAACCAGGGAGAAUACAAUCGGGGGUUUCUUUGGCCCAACAAACUUCUCCGCUGUAUUCGAGGAAAAUCGGGAUAAUAUCGGUAACGAUAUACAAAUCUCCAAUGACUCUGGUGCACUUCCAUCUUAUGAUAGUCUCCAGACUCAUAACUUCCUGAUGCUACCCGGAAAUGCAUUUGGAGGAUCCCCACGAAUCCAGCUCGGAAUCAAGAUAUUGCAAAAACUGCCCGACAAACGAACAUGUGACCAUUUGCUAAAAUGGUUUUUGGAAAGGAUGGGCGAGUGUAGUCCUUAUACCCCGAGAGUUAUUUCAGCACAAAUAGCACAUUCAUUGUGGUCUCAGUGGGGAAAGGAGUUUAAAGAGCCAAGACGUCUUGAUGAUAUGGAACGUAUAUCCACGCAUCUAUGCAGGAACUCCGAGCAUCAUUUACAGGAGGCGGAAGAUUAUCAGCCUUGGUUAGACAGUAUUACUGGACCUAAUAUGAGAUGGGAGUCCGUGGGACUCAUAUUUGCGGCUCUAUGUCAAUCCAUUUUGUCGCUAUCUGAAAGAGAUGCUUUUUUCACAACUCAGCCUGGGCAAAGGAAAGACCGGAAGCAUUUCGCUCUAGAGUUAAAAGAUUGCAUCCAGGCUUGUGUUACAUUGUCUAACUAUAUGGACUACAUUAAUACCGUCAUGGUAGGACUUUUGACUCAAAAUCUUAUUAUUGCUACUGUAAUUAUGGGCGACGCGAGUUUGAUUGUUUGGAGACAGAUAGGAGAUUUGGUUAGCAUGUCAACAGCACUUGGUCUUCAUCGCCAACCGGACAAUGAUGGACCCGUUACAUUCUUAUCCGAGUGUAAAAGACGUUUAUUUACCAUAAUAUUCAAUGUCGAUAAAAGCUCUGCUCACCUUACAGGUCGUCCACCAGCAUUAAGUUACCGCUAUACACGGUUCCGCUUCCCUCUUGACAUCGACGAUGAAGUAUUUGCCCAAGGACCCGAAGCUCUAAGAAACGCCGCGGAUAAAUUAGACGCCAAUGGCUGGAAUCAAGAAGGCAGAAUGACAAAUGCAACGUACAUUCGCGCUCACGGCUAUCUCACCAUAAUCACCGAUGAAAUUCUCGAACUAUCUCUCACCGGUAAUAUCAGCGAUGCCCGCAUUACCGAUCUUCUAGCUCGUCUACAAGAAACCUACGAUGGAUUUCCUUGCUACACCCAUUACCGUCCUAACGACGUAUUCUCUCCUUCGAUAUCCGAUAGUGUACUGUGGCGUCGCAUCGGUCUACGUCUCUCAUAUCUCGAACAACGACUCACGCUCGAACGACUCGCUCACAAAUCUCUCCUUCUCUCCGGUCAAUCCAUGAUAUCCUGCGCUCUCGAAAUGCUCCAACUGACCGUUCUCUUCUGGGUCCAACGCGAUCGCUUCGUCGAACACCAUCAUGAUUACGAUUGGAUGCUCAUGUGUUGGGGUGUUCCAUCCAGCGGAGUCUUGUGUGUAGAAAUCCUUAAACAGAUGAAAUCACCGCAUGACUCGACGAUUAAACUCCCGACGUCGGAAAUUGUGCAGAAUUUAAGUUUGUUGGUGGGGUUUUUUGAGUGGAUUAAACCGAGUGCGGGGAAUUAUCUUUUGUGUGGACGUAUGAGUAAAUUGGUGAAGAGGAUUUUGGAUCAGAUUCUGAAUCAUCGAGUUGGUGGUCGUAUGAACUCGCAGGGACAGGGGCAAGAGGGGGAGAAGAGUGGGAUUGGGUUGGUUGAAGAUAGGAAUGAUGUGUUGGGAGGCGAAAAUGGAAAUGGGAAUGUGGAUGUGGGUAUGAUGGGAGUAGAUGAUAUAGAUGCAAUGGGUGAUGAUGUGGGAGCAUUCGGAAAUCUAGACUGGUUGAAUGAGUUAGAUUGGAGUAGAGGACCUUGGAUGAAUCUAGAUGGUCUCACUUGA